GGAACCAUAUGGCUUGUGUAUAGAAUUCACUGAUUUGAUUGUUUUGUGUUGUGACUAUAAUGAAGUUUUUUACACAGUUUACUACUAUUGUUUUGUUACUCUCUUGCUUUUUGAGUAUCCAAGCAGAGAAACUCAAAUCCUCACAAUCAUGUGAAUUUCAAGCUAUUUUCAAUUUUGGUGAUUCUAAUUCAGAUACUGGUUGUAUGUCUGCAGCAUUUUAUCCUGCUAUUUUGCCUUAUGGUGAGACCUUCUUCCAUGAGGCUGUUGAUAGAUUUUCUGAUGGCCGUCUAAUCAUCGAUUUCAUCGCCAAGCACCUUGGAAUGCCAUUUUUGAGCGCAUAUAUAAACUCAAUUGGAACAAGCUAUAGGCAUGGUGCAAACUUUGCUGCAGGAUCAUCAACGAUUAUGCGACAAAACAAGACGUACUUUGAUGGUGGCACGCCUUUCACCCUUGAAAUCCAAGUAGAACAGUUUAACCAGUUCAAAUCACGCACCGGGAAGUUCUUCACACAAGCAAAUAAAAGUUCAUACACAAGACACUUUCCGAAACCAGAGGACAUUGCGAAAUCAAUCUUCAUUCUUGAUAUUGGUCAAAAUGAUAUUGCUGAUGUUAUUAGUAAGGUGGGAAAGGAAGAUUCCCAUGCAUUGAUCUCAAAUAUUGUGGAAUAUUUUUCUAAACAAAUUCAAAGUCUACAUUUUUUCGGAGCAAGGACAUUCUGGAUACACAACACAGGACCUAUUGGUUGCCUUCCAGUGGCAAUGCCCAUUCACAAUGCACAUAACAACCAAACUCAAGUGGUUGGUUAUCUUGAUCAAAACGGCUGCGUCAAUUCGCAGAACGACUUGGCCAAAGAGUUCAAUAAAAAGCUUAAAGAUAUAGUUGUCAAAUUAAGGGAACAGUUCCAUGAUGCUUCUUUCACCUAUGUGGAUAUGUUCUCUGCAAAGUAUGAGCUAAUCAGUAAUGCUAAUAAAUCAGGAUUUGUUGAUCCUUCUGGAAUAUGUUGUGGGUAUCAUGAAAAUGGAUACCAUGUUUAUUGUGGGAAUAAAGCAACGAUUAAUGGUAAAGAAAUUGUUACAAGUUCUUGUGAAGAUCCUUCAAAGUACAUUAGUUGGGAUGGAGUGCACUACACUGAAGCAGCAAAUCAAUGGAUUGCAAAUAGAAUACUUGAUGGUUCUUUUUCAGAUCCACCACUUCCUAUUGCACAAUCAUGUCAAAUUACUCAUUAGCAUUUAUAAUGCAAGAGUGGUUUAAUCUUACCUCUAUUUAUUCAUUCUAGAUUACAGUUUCUUUCUUCUUCGCUUUGUUUUCUAUCAAUUUGAAUGAAUGAAUGAAUAUUGUUUAGUUUUUGUCAAAAAAAAUCAUGAAUAGCUUUCGAUAAAGACAUCGUUUGACUUUAUGUAACCGCUACUAUAAUUACAUUUGUAACCGUAUGAACCAUAGUUGAAUUUUAUGGAAUCAAAUCAUUGAUGUUUGUUGCACUUGAA